UGCCUUGUGCUGCCCAUAGGGUCACACUGUGUUACAGAACCGCUUCCGUGUUGUGUUUGUUACUGGAAAACAGAAACUGCGUGAGGUGACAUAAUUUUCUCUCGCCCGUCACUGAUUAGACAGAGAUGCUUUUGUAAACCGCUGCGUCAGAAGAGAUAUUAGAUUGGACUAUGUCGUUGAUUCCGGGCACGAAGCAGAAGGACAGGCGCAUUUUAUGCGGGAUGUGCCCGGACCCGCAGUGCCAGGCGAAGCUCUUCUUCCCCGCACAUACCUCCAUGAGCAUCGAGUGCACUGAGUGCGGCCAGAGACACGAACAGAAGAACCUCGCGAAUGUGGAGGAAGUGACUGACCCAGAUGUAGUGCUUCAUAAUUUGCUGAGAAAUGCUUUGCUGAGUGUGCCAGGCCCUCCUAAAAAGGGCUCAGAGCUGGUGAAAGUGCUGGGACUGUCCAACUAUCACUGCAAGCUGCUGUCUCCCAUCCUCACCCGCUAUGGCAUGGACAAACAGACAGGCACUGCCAAACUCUUGAAGGAAAUGAACCAGGGAGAGAUCUUCGACUGCUCGCUUCUUGGGGACCGGGCAUUUCUAAUCGAGCAAGAGCAUGUGUCCACUGUUGGGUAUGGACGGGACCGGUCAGGAAGCCUGAUCUACCUGCAUGACACUUUGGAGGAGAUCAAGAAAGCAAACUUAAAUAGAGAGUGUCUUAUUCCUGUGCACGUGGACGGAGACGGACACUGCCUGGUCCACGCCGUGUCCAGGGCAUUAGUUGGACGUGAGCUCUUCUGGCAUGCCCUUCGAGAAAACCUAAAGCUCAAUUUCAAACAGAACAUAGACCGCUACAAAGCCCUUUUCCAGGACUUUAUAGAUGCCGCAGAAUGGGAAGACAUUAUUAAUGAGUGUGACCCGUUGUUUGUCCCUCCAGAAGGUGUUCCAUUGGGCCUUAGGAAUAUUCACAUUUUCGGCUUGGCGAAUGUACUGCACAGACCCAUAAUCCUGUUGGACUCCCUGAGCGGUAUGCGCAGCUCAGGCGAUUACUCCGCCACCUUUUUGCCAGGCCUGGUUCCAGAGGAGCAGUGCCGAGGAAAAGACGGCACUCUGAACAAGCCCAUCUGUAUCGCCUGGAGUAGCUCUGGAAGAAAUCACUAUCUACCCCUAGUGGGCAUCAAGGCGGUACCUUUGCCCCGUUUACCUGCUGCACUUCUCCCGAAAGCUUGGGGUGUUCCUCAAGAGCUGAUUCACAAAUAUGUGAGCUUGGACUCCAAUGGAAGCUGUGUGAUCGGCGGCGACCGGAGCCUGCAGGAUAAGUACCUGCUGCGACUCGUAGGCGCAAUGGAGGACGUCUUCAUGGACAAGCACGGCAUCCACCCCGCUCUAGUCGCCGACGUCCACCAGUACAUAUAUCGACGCACUGGAGUGAUCGGCGUGCAGCCGGAGGAGGUGACGGAAGCGGCUAAGAAAUCCGUUCAGGAGGGUCGUCUCCACCGCUGCCUUGUCUGCAAUGCCCUUUCGGAGCUCCACGUGCCAGCAGAGUGGCUCAUACCAGGAGGGAAACUCUACAACUUGGCCAAGUCGACUCACGGGACGCUGCGAGCGGACAAGAACUACAGCUUUCCUUUAAAUAGUUUGGUUUGUUCCUAUAACCCAGAAAAAGAUGUGCUGGUGCCCGACUACAAACUCAGCACACUCACGGCCUGCACCUGGUGUCACGGAACUUCAGUGCGGCGUGUUUGUGGUGACGGCUCUGUGGUCUAUUUGGAUGGAGACCGUACCAACACUCGCUCAGAGGGUGGGAAGUGUGGCUGCGGGUUCAAACACUUCUGGGAGGGCAAGGAGUACGACAAUCUUCCUGAAGCUUUUCCUAUCACUCUGGAGUGGGGCGGCCGUGUGGUGCGAGAGACAGUAUAUUGGUUCCAGUACGAAAUGGAUCCGUCACUCAACAGCAACGUUUACGAUGUGACGAUGCGACUCGUCACAAAGCAUUUCCCCGGUGAGUUCGGCAGUGAGAUUCUAGUCCAAAAAGUUGUGAACACCAUCUUGCAUCACACCGCCAAGAGGAGCCAAGACGAAUACAAUCCAGUGGCCAUCGAAGGUGCUCAUGUGCAGGAUGGGAGAGACGGGAGUGAAUCUGCCACUCACCCUCCUACUAAAAUCAUCCUGACGGGACAGAAGGGCAAAACCCUGCAUAAAGAGGAGCUGGUGAUGAGCAAAACUGAGAGGGUCUUGCAGCACAGCAUCAGCGAGCAGGCGGCCCUGUCCCAGCGCCGCAGCACGGACCGCUUGCGCCAACAGGAUUCUCGCCUGUCAUUUCCUUCCUCUUCAUCAUCCUCUGCACCUCCCACACCCACCAAAGUGCCGCCCACCAGCGGAGAGAAGAAAAUCCGUGUAACGACCAGCGACGGGCGGCAGGCCAUGCUUACGCUGCAACCGCACACCACCUACGGUGAGCUCCAGAAUUCCAUCGUCCAGGUCUUCAACUUGUUGCCCGGACAGCUGUGCAUCCGUCAUGGCUUCCCACCCAGAGAGCUGCCCCCGCCUCGUCCCGAGGACCAGAACCAACCCGUGGGGCUUCAGCAUGGCGACCGAAUCUCUGUGGAGGCACUGAAAGAGAGCUCGCCUGAUACUCAAAUGACCCAGACGCACACGCCUCAAACGCACACUCACUCUGACCCGCGACUCAGCCGCACUAGUAGCAGGGAACUUCAGGACAACAUUGACCUUGAGAUGUCAUCACUGUGUCUCCUGGCAGCACUUAUGGGUGAAGAUAUCUGGACAUAUGCCAAGAAACUGCCUCACCUGUUCCAACAAGGAGGAGUCUUCUACAAUAUUGUGAAGAAAGACAUGGGUCUGUUGGACGGGAAGCACUGCACACUGCCUCAUUUGUUGGGUAAAACGUUUGUGUUCAAUGCUGCAGAGGAGCGUUUGGAGCUGUGUGUGGACACAGCCGGCCAUUUUCCAGUGGGCCCUGAUGUGGAGGAGCUCGUCCAGGAGGCCCUUUCCCAGCUCCGCUCAGAUGCAGCCUCCCGUAGCCGGGAGGGAAGCCCUGCACAUGGCUUGCGAUUGGGUGCUGGUGGUGCUGUGCGCAAGAAAGAGCAGGCCGUCACGGCCUUCCAGGGCAAAGGUCACUCGUUGGGUUCCGCCCCUCCUGAACACCCACCAAUCAGGCGGCAGCACAGCAGCGGCGUGGAUCUCAGCGGCAGCGUUCAAGGUGAAGGGUUAACGUUGUCAGGGGAGGAGUUGGUGCGCGUGGCCCCGGGCAUGCUCACUUUACGUGAGGGCCGCGGUCUAGGGCUGGAGCCCGCCGUGAUCGAGGCCCAACGGCAGCGCUUGCAGGAGAUGGUCUCAAACAUACAAGCGUCCAUGGACAAACACUUGUGCCAGCAUGCUGCAGCAAGGCAGGAUGUGAAGGAAGAAGAGGCUCGUGACAAACAGGAGGAUAUGGAAAGUCACGGUGCGGAGCCUCCCAGCACCUUUGAACCCAUGGACCAGUCUUGAUACUUCAUUACCCAUAUAGCAGAGUGAGCUUCCUGGCAUAACACACACACACACACACACACACACACACACACACACACACUGUGAUUCAACUAACAAAUAAUGGUGCAGCCAAUUUACAUAUGGAUUGUUUGAGUGUGAAACGCAUUCCUUAAAUAUUCUCAAAGUCUUAAGAUAUGAAAUUUGGAGUGAUUAUUACAGGAAUUGAGUGUCAGCUUUCAUUCACCUAAAAUAUAUACAUGGUGCACACUAAUUUAAAGAGAUAGUUAAACUAAAAUAAAACACACGGUUACUCAUUUGCUCACCGUCAUGUCAUUCCAAACCAAUGCCUUACUUUUUUCUGUGCAUCACAGCAGAUCUUUGGAGAAGAUAUUUUGAAUGUUUCUGCCCAUAUAAUAAAAGUAAAUGGAGUCGAAAAUAACAUUGGAACCGAAAGGGUUUUUUUGUGUUUUGCAGAAGAAAAAAGUCAUAAAUAAUGGCAUGAGGGUGAGUAAAUGUUGACAGAAUUUUUAUUUUUGGUUGAACUAUCCCUUCAAGAUCACCCUUGAGCUUUGCUAGUAUCCACAUAGUACUUAAAUAAUCAAAGUGCACUUUGACCCUCAUUGCUGGGUUCAUGGCUUUCUUACCAACUUAAUAAUUCACAAUCCAAUUUGAAACACUGACUGUCUCACUGAGUCUAAACUUCAGCCCUGCAUCUGUGUGCACUUAGUAGGUAACAGGGUCUAUAUAUGUUUGUGUCCUCAACACACUUCUGGCCUAUGGAACAAUCAUCUUCAUCUACGUUGCUUCUCUACCCUGUUUUACCCACAAUUCAUUGCUGUCUAUCCAAAGAACACUAUGUGGUAAAAGCCUGGAAAAGAUUUCCAGCAGCAUUUCACGUUUACUUAAUCGUCCCACUGCACACUUAGAGCUCAGGAGACCAGCAUGGAGUAUCUGUACAUCUGAGAGCCAGUUUCUGUUCUGUAAUCUCCGAUUGGCCUUUGAAAUUGUAAGUGUUGCCUUUGAUGCAGCCCAGAGUCAUUCAGACUUAUCAUUUGGUUUUAUUGUAACGUUUUGCAUGUCCUGUCUUCUUUAAACACUGUUCAGUACAAGACAAUUCAUAGAAGUUUACUUAGUAUCGGAAUGUAAUGUAGACUCUGGUAAAUUCUGAACAGAAAGUAGCAGAGUGGGUGAUAUUUUCAGGAUAUUCUGAGUUCAGCGAUGUAGUAAUAUUUUUACCUGUGUGUUAGGCCAUACUAAUAUGCUGAAGUAGAGGGCAAUGUGCGUCAAGGACGGUUUAAGAGUUUUCUCUUCAGUUCAGAAAAAAAAAACGAUAUCCAUAUUCUGUUCUAGACAGAUUUUUCUUGUCACCUUGGCAACUGAUUCAUAUAAACCAAAAAAAAAAAAAAGUUUAACAUUAAUAGAGCUGUUGAGCUUUGUGCUUCGGUCACUGGGUAGAGAAUAAAACAGAUGGAAAAUCCUAGAGAUUGUGUUGAACUCGUAUCUAUUGAAACUUUGCUGAGCUGUUGCAUUUAACCCGGCAUUGCCAAAAAACAGGUGGCCAAACCUGUUGUUAACAGCCUUAAUGAGUCUCCUACCCUCCCCGGCUCUGAUCUGCAGUGUUUGUGUGUGACACACUUCUGUAUGACAGAGGAUUGGUUCUGAAAAGGAUAAACUGGAGUACUGGAACGAGGCCUGACUUUGGUCCAAGGCCAAGUGAAGCAUGAUGAUGGAGGAGGCUUGAUGAGCUUUUGAUUUUAAAAGAUUGAUUUUUGAUUUUUAAGUUGGCAAAAUCUAUACCAGAGCACUUUUCUGUGUGGGUGUGUUUAUUAGCUCUUGAACAUAAUUGAUAUUGUUGGUGUGAAGAGCAGCACAAAAGAAAUGUUUUGCUGCUUCAUGUAACACAGACUCAAGCGCAGGUUGUUUCUCUGUGACUGCUGCCCUCCUGAUAUAUUGUAUUCCAGUGUACAAUAGUGGUAUAUAUUGUAUUAUACUUUCAUCUGUACAGAUAUUGAAUAUGUCCCCCCCCCCACCCCUUCCUUCUGGAUUGUUUCUCCUCUGUUUUUCAAUAAAAGCUGUUUGCAUGCUUGAUUACUUUUCGCCUAAUAACAAUAAAGUUAUUCCAUAUGUAUGAAA